AUGAAUUAUUCCUGCUUUUUUGGUAACCUUAGUUUUGAAUUGCCCGAAUAUCGUGUCGUGGUACUUUCGUUAUACGCGAUUACAGGAAUACCUGCAAUCAUCCUCAAUUCUCUCGUACUGUACUCAAUCUGGAAGACACCUCUGUUACACAAGCCUUCCUACGUCCUGCUUGCGAGUCUUGCCUUGUCGGAUCUUCUGAAUGGAUCGUUUGGACAGUAUUUAAUAGUCUUGACAAACAUUGCAGCUUUAAAGCAUUGGAAUAGCGCACUGUUUUGCUAUUCGUGGGUAGGCGGUCGUGCCAUGGGCUACUGGUUAACCUCGGUAUCUUUAUACACUUUAGCGAUCAUAAGCAUCGACCGCCUUCUUGCCAUUAAGAAGAAAACACGAUAUCGCAGCAUUGUGACUAUGAAACGGAUCAUCAUCAUCGUAGUGGAAUUUUGGAUCAAAUCUAUUGUAGUAGUUUUGAUUUUCCUUUUUAACUUUGAAAUCGACAAAAACCUCUUUGCAUAUCUGAUUUUUAUCGGAACUGCAAUAUUCCUGAUGCUAUCUACUAUAACCAUAUGCYAUUCCCUGGCUUAUUACUAYUUGAAAAAGGCAACACACACYGUAUCGCCAAGCAAUGAAARCAAGYUGGCUACAAACAYAGACAUCAAUGUGGCCAAGUAUCGAAAAUCACUGAACACAAUGAUUCUAAUAUAUCUAGUUCUAAUUUUGUUCUAUCUUCCGUACGUAACUUCUGCUAUUACAGCUGCUUUUCAUCUAACUUUACAUAAAGAGUCGUUCGACCAAAAUAUGACUAAUCUGUUUUACCAGAUCAUAGCUUCGUGUGAACUGAUUGCGUUCUUGAACUCUACUGUUAAUCCUCUGAUGUACCUAUGGCGUAUGAAAGACCUGCGCCAAGCAGUGAUUGCAGUACUCAGAAAAAUACUUCGACGCCAGGUAAUUGAGAAAAGAGAGUAA